AUCGCAGUCCGAUAUAAUCCCAGAAACCCUAACCUUCCCACUGCAGAUUGCUGUCUCCCCCUUGCCUGAGCUCCGUUUGCCCUCGCCUCUUUGUCGACGACCAUGGUGAACGUUCCUAAGACAAAGAAGACCUACUGUAAGAGCAAGGAGUGCAGAAAGCACACCUUGCACAAGGUCACCCAGUACAAGAAGGGGAAGGAUAGUCUUGCUGCUCAAGGAAAGAGACGUUAUGAUCGCAAACAAUCAGGAUAUGGUGGGCAGACAAAGCCUGUUUUCCACAAGAAGGCAAAGACCACUAAGAAGAUCGUGCUGAGGCUGCAAUGCCAGGGAUGCAAGCAUGUGUCCCAACACCCAAUCAAGAGAUGCAAACAUUUUGAGAUUGGUGGUGACAAGAAGGGGAAGGGAACAUCUCUGUUCUAGUUGCAUCAUUUUGUCGUAUUGAUUUAGUUUUCUGCCCUAGUUGGAACUUAAGCAGUAGUUACUUGCCCGAAUUUUGUUGCUAGUUUAAUUUAUGUUGUUUGUUGACAUUAAUGUUGAUCCUGAAAGGAAUUCCAGAGAUUUUUGAACUGUGAACUUCGUUUUUUCAACUUCAAAUGUAAAAGUUUUGCUUGCUUUGCCAGUCUCAAGGUUUGCACUUAAAAAGAUCGAAUUUACAAGUCUUCUUCUCAAAAUGGUUGGAUUGUCUCAAGAUUUAUUCAACAAAGUUUAAAUGUUACCUAAAACAGAGCAGUAGCAGUGUUUUUCGGUUUUCGGCCAACUAAAAGAUGGAGCAGUAGUCGUCUGACAUCCUAAUUUGUAAUAAAAAGCAUUGUCACAC